UGUUUAGGUCUUGAAUCGCAAAAUGUUGGGUAACCGUCGUCAGGAUAUUCAUAAGCAAUUAUAAUACCUGUCAUUAUGUCACCAAAAAAUGCAGGAUUUCGGAAGAACGACUUUUAAGGGAUUCCUUUGGCACGUUUUCAAAGUUUUACGAAAGAAUGUACAAGUCGAUUUUGACUUUCAGGGGAAUGGAAUGGAUCUUCUAAACCCAAUAGAGGUUGAGUCAAUAAUUGUAAGAGUAACAAGAUUGUAUUGGGCAUCCAUAGCACAAUUAUGUCGUGAACACGAUCACAAUCCACGACAAAUAGUUUGCACAUAUUUACUGUAAUAGUAGAAUUUCGUGGAGUAAGCUUGGGCUUUAUGUUUCAGAUUUUGUUCUUUGUUGACACAUUUUGAAGAACAACAAAUAAACCACGACGGUGACAAUGGUGCGCGUCCUUAGGUCCGUGCAUGUACUGUUUUGGUCAGGCCAUGAUCCCCUCAAAACUACAGCACUGAGAUUCACUCGGAUUUGGUUUGCCGUGCUGCUCUGAAUUUCUACAGUCAUGCGUGCACAAUUCCCCAUUGAAGAAAAAAGAACUGUCCAGUCCAAUGCCAAGAAUUGAGGUGCACUAUCCUAUCCACUGUCAUAUCGAAAAGUCAGUUGAACCAUUAAUAGAUGGAUGGCAUUAAUGGAGUCCUGGAAAUCAAGCAUUGGGAUAUGUGAACAGACCUUCCGGUCCUUAAGUCCUUACCCCUUCAUCAUAUACCAUCAUAACUAAGACCACAAGUCUUCUUAGCAUCAGUUUAGCGCUAGAAGGAAAUAUAGCAGAAGAAUCCCCACACCCAAAUCCACCCAUAAUUAGUCGGUAGUGGUGGGUGGCGAUGAAAAUGCAGGAUGAAAAGCUAGCACAAGGAAGCGUCACACAGGACACAGAAGCCAAGGAGGAGGAGGAGGAGGAGGAGAAACACCGACGUCGCCAUGUAACAAUUAGGGUGCAGAAGGAGCACGCAAAUGACAUUGUUAUGAAAAUCAAACGGGAUGUUCGUCUAGGUCGGAUGAUGCUUGUUUAUUGCGAUCAUCUCCGGCUGGAGGCCGCUGCUCUAAGGUUCAGUUUCGAGGGGAGAAGGGUUCAGGAAUGGGACACACCAGAGGGGAUAGGCCUUGAGGAUGGGGAUAUCAUCGACGUCUGGUCUGAUAUGUCCGGGGGUGGCGGUGGUGGUGUCAUCUCGCUGUAAAUCACUCACGUACUGCUUCUGCUUCAUUCCCGUUCUCAUUUCCUUCUCGUUUGGCCUGCAUUCUGUCAUUUAGUUUGAUGUAUAUUGCCAGUAGCAUUUUUGGGUUUUCGAUGAUGUUCAUGUUUGUACUGGUGGAUUAGCGUCGUCACUUUGAUCCCUAUGUGUCGUAGUGGUGUAAUUGCAUGAACGCAUCAAAUUCCAAGCCACAAGCCUUUUGGCCUUCUU